AUGGCGUCGGGCGGCGCCUGCGGCUCCCGCUCCCCUUCUCCCGCCCAGCGCCUCCCCCCUCCCUUCCCCGAGCCCCACGGCGCCGACAGCGACGCGCCGGGGGAGGCCGACAGCGACUCCGAAGGCGAGGACAUCUUCACCGGCACCAGCAAGCCCUCAGCACCACAGAGGGAAUCCCUCCUGCCCGUGAGCAGCAGCUCCCAGGAGAACGGCGUUGGUGCGGAGCCCGACGAGCAGGACUUGUUUGCAGAUGCCACUGUAGAGCUGUCUCUAGACAGCACACAGAACAACCAGAAGAAGGAACUGGCCAAAGCAUCCAAUCCUACCCCUUCUUUAGAAGUAGCUGUAAGCUCUUCUUCUUCUAGAAACCCUCCAAAGAGCUAUGAGGAGCUGGAAGAAGAGGAGCAGGAGGACAAAUUUGACCUGACUGUAGGAGUGAGUGACCCAGAGAAAGUUGGGGAUGGCAUGAACGCCUACGUCGCCUACAAAGUGUCCACACAGACCACCAUGCCAAUGUUCAGGAGCAAGCAGUUCUCAGUCAAGAGGAGGUUCAGUGACUUCCUGGGUCUCUAUGAGAAGCUGUCAGAGAAGCAUGCCCAGAAUGGCUUCAUCGUUCCUCCCCCACCUGAGAAGAGCCUCAUAGGAAUGACCAAAGUAAAAGUUGGGAAGGAAGACUCCUCCUCUGCAGAGUUCCUGGAGAAGAGAAGAGCUGCUUUGGAGAGGUACCUGCGGAGAGUGGUCAGCCACCCGACCAUGCUGCAGGACCCAGAUGUCAGGGAGUUCCUUGAGAAGGAGGAGCUGCCAAGAGCAGUCAGCACCCAGACCCUGAGUGGAGCAGGCCUCCUGAAGAUGUUCACCAAAGCCACGGACGCCGUCAGCAAGAUGACCAUCAAGAUGAACGAGUCGGACGUUUGGUUCGAGGAGAAGCUGCAGGAGGUGGAGUGUGAGGACCAGCGGCUGCGGAAGCUGCACGCCGUGGUGGAGACCCUGGUGAACCACAGGAAAGUUCCCCCCCGAGUGACCCGAAAGCCCCUCUCAAACAAUGACGACACCCUCCUCCACCGCAUCCUCAACCUCACCCGUCGUCCCCCCCAGCCCCCCCGCGUCCAAUCCUGGAACUACGCGGUCAAGUUGUGGCAGUACAUGGUGGAAGACACGACCCGCGAGAAGCCACGCAACACCCCCAAGCUACCGAAAAAGAGCCGCCCUGAAGACACCGAGUCCCCGCAACAGAGAACCCGCGUGUGGCGCCCCGGAGGGAGCCCCUUCCGCGACCCCCACCCCAACAAAAAUCCCAAGAUUCCCCCCCCCCGGGGACGCCCCCCCACACGGCCCCCGUUACCAGGAGGGCCAGGGAACCGGUGUCCCCGCCCAGCGACGCCCCGGUGGCCCCAUUGA